AGCACGUGAUCCCACAGUGAAUAUAUAAAGAGAACGAUGAAGGAGGAGGACUGCUUCAUUCAGAAACCUCUCAGCCUCUGGAAAGAAGAAAGCAAAAGGCCAACAGAAAGACGAAAGAAAGGAUAGCGAACAACAGAAAAAGGGAACAAUGGCUCAGCACACUGAAAGAAAGUUUCAGGACCUUUCAGAAGCCCUGAAGGAAAACACUAAAGAUGUUCAUGAAGAGGCAGAAAACACAGAAUUCAUGAAGAUCUUCCAAAAGGGACAGGUGUCCCUUCAUGAAUUUAAGCUUUAUUUGGGUUCUCUGUAUUACAUCUAUGUGGCCCUGGAGGAAGAGUCUGAAAGGAACAAGGACAACCCAGUCUAUGCGCCUGUUUAUUUCCCCAAUGAGCUGAAUCGCACAGCUGCACUGGAAGAUGAUCUGGAAUAUUUCUAUGGUCCCACAUGGAAGAAAGACAUCCAGUGCCAGGAGGAAACUCAGAAAUAUGUGGAUAGGAUACAUCAUGUGGGCCAGCAUGAACCUGAACUUUUAGUGGCCCAUGCUUACACUCGAUAUCUGGGAGAUCUGUCUGGUGGCCAGAUUCUGAAGAAAAUUGCCCAGAAAUCUCUUAGUUUGCCCAAUACUGGAAAAGGGCUGUCUUUCUUCAAUUUCUCUGCAAUCACCAACAUCAGCAAAUUCAAACAGCUUUAUAGAGCUCGGAUGAACAGCAUUCCCAUGGAUUCUUCUACUAUUGAGAGAAUUGUUGAAGAGGCCAGAAAAUCUUUUCUUUUGAAUAUUGAAGUGUUUCAGGAGCUGCAAAAGUUCGUGAAUCAAGGCAAGCCUCCACAGAACAAUCAUCUUGGGAAAUCCAAAUUAGAUUUUCACACAACAGGAAACAACAGAAUGCAGACACCAAAGAAAAGUGGCCAAGCACAGAUGAAGCAUACAGACCUGCUGCCCAGCACCACACUCUUGCGUUGGACUCUCGCUCUUUUCUUGUUAGCAACAACAGUUGUUGUGGGCUUGUAUGCUCUAUGAACUGAAAAGAACUUAAGCACUUUUACUACUACUUGCCUAUUCCUGAAUUAAUGCAUUUU